AUGUUCUUGUUCGCGUCGGACGAUUUUCGUCAACUUGAACAGGCCACGUGGCAUGAAUCAGAGGACGGCAGGGUGUCGAUACACAGCCGGGCAAAUUGGGCUGUAAUUUUGGGUGUCAAUAGACCUUACGGACACAAUGCGGAGUAUAUGCCCAUGUUUUUCUCGCAUGGCCAUGGUGGGAGCGCGAUAGUGUUCACGGUAGCAGAUGCAUUAAUGCAAAUCGUCAUGCCAUGUCCCCUCAUACCGGAUGACUACGCUCGCUUGUACCGUAUCUGGCUUCUGCAAGCCAAAGAUGACCCAUGGUACGAUCAGAUGCAACAAGGCCAAACCCCCAAAUGGUUCCUGCGCAGCGAGGCUAUCCUCUUCACUGACGUGGAGGCGAAGGAUGUGGUGGUUUCGACGGGCUCGGCGAGGAAUGGAAUGCCCGGGUGGCGGUUUCGGGAGGGUGUCGAGGUGCAUGGACCUCCGGACGAAUUUCAGCACGGGUCUGAGGACCUUAGCAAAGAGAGAGAGGAGGAAUCGGUGCAGGCAGAUGCGGAUGUGGAAGGGAAUGCUGAGGGGCUGUCCUUGUCGUCGCUGGAGUGA